AUGGGGGUAUUGCAGCCCAUACCAUCCGUCGUGACGGCUGACAAUGCCGCCAUGUCAGGCCCGCACCGGACCGAAUCGCGUCUCGGCGCAAAAGACCGCACUCACCAUGACGGCCACGACAGCAGCGACGCCGACGACGACAAAUUUUACGAAGACGGCGAGGAAAUCUACAGUAAAUUCUCGUCAGGCCGUAAGCGCAUCAUCGUCGCCGUGCUCGGCUUCGGCGCCUUUGUGGCCCUCGUGUCCAGCACCAGCGUGCUACCCGCAGUGCCGGAAAUCACAGAAUCAUUUCACGCCACAGAUACCAUCGUCGAGAUCAGCAACGCCAUCUACAUUGCCCUCACAGGUGUCGGGUGUGUUGUUUGGGGCCCCAUGAGUCAGUUGUACGGUCGACGUAUUAUCAUUCAAUACGCCUGUGCCUUCUUUUGUUGCAUGAGUCUGGGUACUGCUCUGUCACCCAAUCUUUCAGCGUUUUUCAUUUUCCGCGCUCUGUCCGCAAUCGGAGGAUCUGCGUUGACCAUCCUUGGUAACGUAAUCAUCAGCGAUAUCUAUAAACCAACCGAGAGAGCAACGGCAAUCAGCUGGUAUUUGUCAUGCACCAUAAUUGGGCCAUCGUUUGGUCCUUUCAUGAGUGGCCUCGUCGUCCAGUUUGCCAGCUGGCGCAUCAUAUACUGGGUGCAGCUUGGCUGUGCCAUCGCGACCAUGGCAGCUGGUUUCUUUCUCAUUCCCGAGACGACUCACCAUAAGCUGAUCACAGACAUGGCUCAUCUCCCACGGCGGCAAAAGAUGGCCGCCAUAGCGCGCGAGAUCAACCCGCUCCGCUCCGUGAGUCUGCUUCGAUAUCUAAACGUGGUAGCUGUCAGUUUUGCCUCUGCAGUCACACUGUUCGCGCUUUACUGCAUGCUUGUCCCUAUCCGCUUCGUUCUGAACCCACGCUUCGGUCUCGAAUCACCGCUCCUGUCGGGCGUCUUCUAUUUGGUGCCGGGCGCAGGCUGCCUCUGCUCAACAAUCAUAGCAGGUAGAUACGGUGACUGGACAGCCAAGAGAUGGAUCAGGAAGCGCGGUAGACGCAUACCCGAAGAUAGACUUCGCGCCUGCAUUCCGGCUCUGGCCAUUCUGCAGGGUGGCGGCGUUUUGAUAUAUGGGUGGACAGUUGACAAAGCAGUGGGCGGGAUGCCUGUACCACUUAUUUUCCUCUUCGUGCAGGCUACUGGUCAAAUUAUCGCUUCUACCAUGUUGAAUACGUACUGCUUGGAAAACACGCCGUCGCUCAGCGCUGAUAUUAUUGCCAUCUGCUGGCUGGUGCGCUACAUCGGGGCUUGCAUAGCUACCGCGGUUGCGCUUCCCAUGAUUCGGGGUAUUGGUGUUGGGUGGACCUUGACUAUCAAUACCGCCUUGCUAGUGAUUAGUUCAGGUGUGUUAAUGGCCACUGUAAAAUGGGGUGAAAGCUGGAGGUCGGGCAUUGUCCCAGAAGAGAAACCUGCCAUAACGACGCCGCUUCCUAUAGAAAGGCUUCUGCAAGUGUACACUGGUACAUUCAUCGUAUUGAAUGCUGCUCUUGGUUCGAACAGAAAGGUGCUUCAGGAUGGCGGAAACGUUGUACCCGGUGGCGGCUGUCGUGAGAUGAGGCAUGCCGCAUGCGACAACGUCAUUCUCCAGCAGGCGCCGCCACGGAUUGCCGAUCGCCAUUGGGAGCGGAUGCCAGUAAAGCGGCACCUGGGUGACAAGACUGAUCGCCGCUUUCUCACCAGCUCAUAA